CAAAGCGGGUGAGGGAAGAGGCCGCAGAAGCCCGAGCCCUGACCCACGGGCGGCUGCGGCAGCGCCGCGCCGGCGCCCCCCAUGCGCCAGGUGGCCGGACGGUGGCGUUGGGGGGCGCCAUGGCCUCGGCAGUGGCCGGCGAAACGGAGGAAACCACCCGGCUGCGCAAGCCGCGCUUCUCUUUUGAAGAGAACCAGAUCCUGAUCCGAGAGGUGCGCGCCCACUACCCGCAACUCUACGGCGCACAGAGCCGUCGAGUGAGCGUGGCUGAGCGGCGGCGUGUGUGGGACGGCAUAGCCGCCAAGAUCAACGGUAUCACCAGCUGGAAGCGCACCGGCCAGGAGGUGCAGAAGCGCUGGAACGACUUCAAGCGCCGCACCAAAGAGAAGCUGGCUCGCGUGCCGCACUCCACGCAGGGCACCGGGCCCACCGCCGAGGACGCCUUCUCCGCGGAAGAGGAGACCAUUUUUGCCAUACUGGGGCCGGGUGUGUCGGGGCCAGGGGCUGGGGUCGGGAACGAAGAACCCUCUGCAGUUCCCUCCUCGCAGCCACCGGCUCUAAGCACCUGCACCCAACGCUAUGUAUUGUCUGAGGACCGCAGGGAGGAUCCACGUGCAGAUACGCCAGCUCACAGCAAAGGGGUCUCUAGCAGCCCAGAAUCCUGGGCACAGCCCUCCUGCAAUUCCCAGGAAGGGGGCUGUUCGCGGCCCAAGGAGCGUGAGUCCCCGCCCCCUACAGCCCUGCAGCUGGUCCAGCUGCCCCGCCUGGCCUUGUCUCCACCACUCCCAGCCCCUCCUCCUCCUCCUCCACCUCCACCUCUGGCCCAGGUGGCCCCCUCCCCGCCGAGCCCUCCUCCUCGGCCUCUGCCAGUGCUCUCAGCCCCAGACCCCUCCCUGGACUUCCUUCGGGCCCAGCAGGAGACUGCCAAUGCUAUCCGGGAGCUGGCUGGCACCCUUCGACAGGGACUGGCCAAACUGAGUGAGGCCCUCAGCGCCCUGCUGCCCCUUCUGCCAGGAACCCCAGUUGAUCCUCUACCCCCACCCCCACCUCCACCCCCACCUCCCAGGCCCAUCCUGCCCCCACCUGCUCCCAAGAUGGAGAUCACCCCAGAGCCUGUGUCCGUGGUAGCUACUGUUGUGGAUGGGGCAGUGGUGGCAGCCAGGGGGGUGAUCGUCUCCCCGAGGAGUGAGGAGGGGGGAUCCCGUCCACCCCCAGCCCCACUCCCUCCCCAUGAUUCACCGCCACAUAAGAGGAGAAAAGGUUUCCCUACACGGAAGAGACGGGGCCGGUGGAAAGCUCUGUGAAAUCUACUGUCUGCACUCCUGCCUGCACCCCCUCUCCCCAGCUUGGCCAGUCGAGGGGAGGGCGAUGCUCCUUGCCCAUCCCAGCUACACCCUGGCACCUUGCCCUAGGGGUGUGAGCACCCCAUUCCUGUGCUAGUUAGUGCCUGAUUCUCUGGGGGGGGCCUCAUGGAUGGGCUCCGCCAGCCCCUUUGGUACAGUGCUGUCUGCCUGGCUGCCUCCCUUAACCCUAACUUCUAAGCCAUGAAUUUUACGUUAUUUGUUACUGCCCUUUGUAGGGCAAGGAGGGAACCUCUCGGGUCUGCACAUACCCCUUCCCUGACAAUUCCUGUUCUUGACUUGAAGAGAAUUGACCCGUGGGGCCCUCCCCAACCAAGACUUUGGAGAGGGUGGGAAUUUCAAGACAAAAUCUGGAUGAAGAGGAUAUAACAGUCAACACCCUGGGGAGAAGGGGUAGAGUUCUUAUUGGGGAAGUGUAGGUUGGGUCCUCUGCCUCCCAAUGCUGUCUCACUUCCAGAGCUCAAACCUUCCUUUUUCCCCAGUGGUGACAAGAUAUCAAUAAACUUAUUUUUAAUACAA